AUGUCAAGAACACCGCUCCUGCCCUCCUACGACUCCGCGACGCAGUAUGCGCCUUCCCAGAGGGUGUUAGCACAUCUCGGAGCAGAAUUUAGAAGCCAAACAACCCUAGAUGUGCUCUGUAUAAUAGUAUUCCCAGGGACUGCUAUUACAGCUACCGUGUGGGCGACUCGUAGCGGGACAGCCGCGCCUAAGGUACCGCUUGACACAGUCCCUACACUCCCCUACUUCGCCUCUCUUUUCCUUGUUCUCUCAUUCAGCCUCUGGGCUGGGUAUCUGAUAUCGAUCGUAUAUGAUGCGGCCCGCAUUCCGCGUUUAGUGCGCCAGAUCGUGGUUGGAGUGUCUAUUGGAGGGAAGCUAGUGCUAGCGGGAGUGCAUGGGCUUAUUUGGGUGGGAUAUAGACAGUUCUUUGCGGAGUGGCGACAGCCAAAUUGGAUUAUUGUAUUUCUAGCGGUGCAGUCUUGGUGGGAUGUCUUACUUUUCAUAGUUCAUUGGUGUUUGUUAAGUUAG